CUUUUGUCGAUGAUUUGUCGUCUGUGAUUGUUGGCCAGUAAAAAAAAUAACAAUGUUUUUUAUAAUUUGUUUUUAAAUUAAAAUAAUUUGGAAUUGGAUCGUUUACGUUCAAUAUCCAAUUAUCUACCUUAACUAUCAAAACCAAGUAUAAAAUUCUUCACUCAAAUAUAAAUCUUUAAAAGCUAUCUGAUAAAAAGUACAUUAUUGUGAAUAUUGCGAAGGUUUGUUUUAUUUACAUUUUUCCAGAGGCCAAAGGCAAUGAAAGAAAAGCGCCAUAAAAAAAAGCACAAGAAAAGUUACAAACACAAAGAUGAAUCUAGUAGGGAUACCAAAAGAAAAAGUAGACGAAAAAGCUCUUCAGAAUCGUCGGAAUCUUCAGAUUCAGAUGAAUGGGUUGAAAAGAAAACAGCAAAUACUGCUGAUCGUGACGAAUGGAUGUCCAUGACAGGAAUGUUGAAAACAUUCACUAAAGAUGAUAUUAAACCUAAACAAGAAACAAAGGACAAAAAGCACAUUGACUCUUACAAUCCAGCAGCAAGUAGCAGAGAGCUCAAUCCAUAUUGGAAGGAUGGUGGUAAAGGCUUACCACAAACUGAUGAGAGUUUUCAAAAAUCAAGGCAAUUUAUAAAACCAUCAGAUGAUGAAGAUUAUUACUCUAAAACCAGUUCUAGUAGACAAAAAAUUGAGCCCAGUGCUACAAAAGAAAGUUUCCAAAAAUCAAGACAAUUUAUAAAACCAUCAGACAAUGAGGAUUAUUACUCAAGAACCGCUUCAUCCAGUAGAGAAACAAAUAGGCCUAGUGCUACAAAAGAGAGUUUCCAAAAAUCAGGACAAUUUAUUAAACCAUCAGAUGACAAUGAUUAUUAUUACUCAAAAACCAGUUCAUCUAGUAGAGAAACAUAUAAGCCUAGUUCUAUAAAAUAUGCUCCAGAAUCCAAUAGAUCAUCCAACUGGCGCAAGACUUCUAGAGAUAAAGAAACAAGAAGAGAGCCUGUAGAGGAGACAAAAAUCUCUAGUGAACCAAUUCACAGCCACAAUAUAGAUGAAAUAUUAGAAUCAGUCAAAAGUCAGAAUAAUGAGAAACAUAGUUUAUAUCUUUCAGAUGAAAAAAUGAAUAAAUUGGCUGCAAAGAUUGUAAAAGCUGAAAUCAUGGGGAACCUGAAAUUAGUAGAGGAGUUGAAGACCAAAUUAGAAGCAGCAAGAGAAUAUAGAAAGAAUAAUCCAGAUGCCGGUAAGAUGGUAGAAGAUGAUAGAGUCAUGUUGAUUUCUACCUCUAGUAGUGGGCAUAGUAGACCUUUAGUAAGCAAUCCUGGAGAUCCCCGAAGCAAGAGUGGGAAACGCAAAGCAGAAACUCAUGACGCUUCUGGUAGAGUCAAAUACUUUGGCAAUGAUGAUAGAUAUGAUUUAGCACAAAUGUUCCAAGAAGAAAAAUAUGGUACAAAUUAUGAUGAGGAUGCUGAAUUAGCUCAUGUAGCAAGCAAGAGUAAGAAUCCUAAUGAUGAUUUAGAAGAUAUAUUUUUGGACAACAUAUCUAAAAAUAAAAGUCUAUCUAAGGAGAGUGAAAAAGAAAAGAGACGUGCAAUUAACCAAAAUGUCAAAUUGGAGAGAUCACUGGAAGGCUGUGAACACUGUUUUGACUCUAAAAAUAUGCUUAAACAUCUCAUAGUUAGUUGUGGUAGUAAAAUAUACAUGGCAUUGCCAGCCAAAAAAUCUCUUGUACCAGGUCACUGCAUAUUGAGUACUAUACAACAUGCCACAUGUGUGACAAACCUGGAUGAAGAUGUUUGGGAAGAAAUUAUGAAUUACAGGAAAAUAAUAACACAGUACUUCAACUCUAAAAAUCAAGAUAUUGUUUUCUACGAAACAGCCACCAAGUUGCACAGAUUUCCACACAUGGUGAUCAAUUGUAUACCUCUACCACGAGAUGUGGGAGACAUGGCAUCAAUAUAUUUCAAGAAAGCCCUUUUAGAAUGUGAAGCAGAGUGGUCUAUGAAUAAGAAAGUUGUGGAUUUAAAAGGAAAAAAUAUUAGGAAAGGCAUACCAAAGGGGUUGCCAUACUUUUGGGUAGAUUUUGGGAUGGAUCCAGGAUUUGCUCAUGUCAUAGAAGAUCAACAAUUGUUUCCGAAAAGUUUUGGCGAGGAAAUUAUUGGUGGUAUGUUGGAUUUGGAUCACAAUUUAUGGAAAAAUCCCAAGAGGGAAUAUGGUGAUUUGCAGAGGAAAAAAGUAUCGGAUUUCAUAAAAGAGUGGAAGCCUUUUGAACAAUCUUUUAAAGAUAAUAAAUGAUAAGUGUAAAUAAGUAUUUUUUUAUUACAUGAAUAUUUAAUUAUGUCAAUGACAUUAAUUUUAAAUAAAUUUAAGUUUCCAAUAAUUCUAUAUAUUA